AUGGCACUCUCUCGCUACCUUGCCUAUUUCACUGUUCCUGUUCCCCAGCCGCACAUGGAGAGUCUCCUUGAUACCUUUGGCUUGCCACUCCCUUGGUUGGACCCCGACCAACAACAAGACUCGAGUCCGAUAGAAGUCAUCCAUUGGGCGGAUCGAGUACACGUCAACGCCUACUUGCUCGUCGAAGAUGUCGCAGAGUGGGAGGUCGUCCGAGUGGAAUGGUGGAAAUAUUUGCGGGAAUUGCAACACGAAUUCCUUGUCCUUCACCUGCAACGCACUGGCAGCGAGGGGUCUCAUACUCGUCGACUUCGGCUGGAUCGCCGCCCUCAGACUCACGAGGAUUUGCGAUUCGCAACGACAAAUCUAACUCAGAGCGUACAUGGCAGGGGCCGACGAAAGAAGUUAGGGGCUGCUCUCCGUCAGGAACACAAUCGCCUCGCGACGCAAGGGGCCCGGGUACUGGGGCAGAGGUUCUCCGACUCAGCUGUGACCAUCAAGGCUUGGGACACCGUUGUCGAAACUGUGAGCGAGACUGGCCAGCUAGUUGACGACCCGCAACCCCCACAGCUUGUUGCAGCCUAUUCUAAUUUUGCUGAACAUCUCACUCUCCCCGAAGCUGCCCGAUGCGCCGCUAUUGUAUCGAUGAGAGCACCGAACUACCACGUCCUCCUUGACCAGUGUUACUGGUUCUGUCGAACGAUUGCGGGGGUCAUCGUUUUCAACUAUGGGCCCAGCCAGGAGGACCAUGGAGAGGCGUUCGACAACAGAGGCAAAUUUGUCUGGGGACGGGCAGAAUGGGGUUCCCUUACAUUGAACAAGGAUGCCGCCGGCGAAAUUGAGCUCUUGGCACGUCGGCUCUCUGAAGUGGUCGAGAAGGAUUCUUUGAGUUUCAAGAGGAAGCAAGAGAGGGAGAGGCAAGUAUGCGAGGAGAAUGUCCAGCGGCUAUUAGUGACGGUGAAAGAGGAGCUCCAAAUAGAGCGCGAGGCAGACAGGGAGGAACGACGUCAGGAGCGCCAAGGGGACAAGGAGGAACGGCGCCGGGAGCGUGAGGAAGACAAGGAGGAACGACGUCUUGAGCGCGAGGCAGAGGCGCAGAGGCGCCGAGAGCACGAGGCGGCCCUGGGGACAUGGGACCGGAGGCUCAAAGAGGACAGGGAGGAACGGCGUCUUGAGCGCGAGGCAGAGGCGCAGAGGCGCCGAGAGCACGAGGCAGCCUUGGGGACAUGGCUCCAAGGUCUCCAAGAGGACAGGGAGGAACGGUGUCAGGAGCGCGAGGUGGACAAGGAGGAACGGCGCCAGCAUCGUGUCGCCAUGCAAGUCUGCCUUUUCUUGAUGUUUGCUGCCAUCAGUUUCAUCGUCCUACACAUUCAACAUUAG